AAUCGAUUCCAAUUCCUACCAUUGCAAGAUCAUUCCACGAAUACUAUGUCGCGCAUAGAAGAACUGCCUGAUGACUUUGACGAGACUCUUAACCUCAACGAGGCGCCCAGUGCGCCCUCGAUUGAGGAACUCUACGAGCAGCACCUCUCAGGACCCGGGGAGAAUCUUCUUUCGUCCAAGAGUUUUGAGGAGAUUGUGCAGGACAUGAGCAAAACUCCACUCUUUAUGAACAGUCUUGACGAAGCGACUACCGACGGUACGCUGGACUCCACUACUGCUCAUGCGCUUGGCUGAGCAAAGUGUCGCAGAUGGAGAGAACGUGAUGAUUGAGGCUAUCAAAGCCUUACAGUAUGAGGGCACCAAGUCAGAAGUCGCCCAAGGUUUUAAAGAGCGUGGUAACGAAAUGGUUGCGGAAAAGCAUUGGGGCGAUGCCAAAGAGUUCUACACGAAAGGCAUUGCAGUAUUGACAGCCAAGGGCGAGGACAAAUGGGACAAGCCCAAAGACAUGGCGGAGGAGGAGAAGCAGCGGCUCACGUUGGAAGAGCAGUUAUAUGUCAAUCGAGCGCUGUGCAAUCUCGAACUGAAAAACUAUCGAUCGACCACAUUAGACUGCGCUGCCACUCUGCGCAUCAAUCCCUCGAACAUCAAGGCUCAUUUUCGGUCGGCGUCCGCUCUGUUCGCCUUGGACAAGGUUCUCGAAGCACUGGAUGUGGCUUCGCGUGGCAUCAAGAUCGAUCCGGAUAACGCCGCAUUGAAGAAACUGCUAGGCCAGAUAAGAGCUCGAGCAAAGGUGAAAGAAGAGCAGGACCGAAGACGAUUAGCCGAGCAGAAGAGGAAGCGGCAAGAACAGCUGGUCCUGGAGGCUGCUCUAAAGGCGAGGAAUAUACAACUUCGAGGAUCAAAACAUGCGCCAAACCUGGAAGAUGCAGUCAUAAGAUUGUCGCCAGAUCCUCUGUCGCCAAAGAGUCUUCUAGAGUUUCCAGUAAUGCUGCUGUAUCCGAUGCACAAUCAAUCGGAUUUCAUCAAAGCCUGGGCCGAAAAGGACGCCAUCGCCCAUCACUUGAGCUACAUCUUGCCACUGCCAUGGGACAAGGAAAAUGCGUACAAACAAUCCACGGUUGAUUGUUACAUGGAUACGGUCGGUGGCGGGCUGAUGAAGAUCGGCAAGAAAUUGACACUGCUGGAGGCGCUGUCGAACGGAAAGACGGAAAUCGUGGACGGGCUGGUUAGGAUAUAUGUGGUGCCGGUCUCGCUGGCAUCGCAGUGGAUAGACGAAGUGAAGCGAAAAAAGGGCAAAUAAAUGGCUCUGAAGUACCAUUUUCAACCUUUCGGCUUUGUUGAAUGUACAGGAACAAAAAUGAGUUGGUAGAACCCAAUCAAACGACGUGCG